AAGACUCUAAACCGGUUUACAGUGACAUGCACUGCCUAUAGUUCCACGUAAUCAUCCUAAUCAUGCAAAAUGGCGACAGAUUGGAGUUGACGAAAAUUCUUAAUGCUGAACAUCAGUGAAAUUAUAAGUUUUGUGUAGAUUCCAGUGAUAUCCUAGUGCCCUAUUUUGUGUAUUUCAUUUCUUAAGCACAGAAUACCGGUGUCAGUGCAAUAUCUGUACUUUCCUUUGUUCAAACUACGGACGAAAUCAAACUGAGCGGUGAAGAUGGCGAGUCCUCGCACCCGACGCGUGAUGAAAGAAUUGAGACCUAAGGAAGGCAAUAACAACUGUUUUGAAUGCAACGGUCAUAACCCACAGUGGGUGAGUGUGACAUAUGGUAUUUGGAUCUGCUUGGAAUGUUCUGGCAAACACAGAGGAUUGGGAGUCCAUCUCAGCUUUGUUCGGUCAGUCACAAUGGACAAAUGGAAGGACAUAGAGUUGGAGAAAAUGAAAGUUGGAGGUAACAAUAAGGCACGGGCAUUCUUGAAGUCACAACCGGAUUACGACCCUAGCUGGAGUAUACAGGAAAAAUACAACAGCAAAGCAGCAGCUUUAUACAGAGAUAAGAUUGCCACCGAAGCCAAAGGUGAGACAUGGUCUGCAGCUACCUCACCUGCUAGGAAUCACGUACCUUACGUCGCUGCUAAGCUGAAGACAACUUCUUCCCUAAGCAGCUCAUCGGGGUCAUUUCAUACCUCCAGGAGCUCACCCAGUUUUUCCAACUACAACUCAGGCGGAGCUAUGAUAGAGUCUGGAGGCAGUGGAGGAUACCAAUCUGCUGGGAAGGACGAUUUUGACCUGAUGUACGGCAUGUCCAAGUCAGAGGUUGAUGUCAAAAAGAAGGAUUACUUUGAACGACUACAAGCUGAGAAUGCAGCCAGACCAGAUAAUCUUCCACCAAGUCAGGGCGGCAGAUAUACAGGUUUUGGCAGCACGCCAAUCAAACAAGAGAGUAGCAGUGAUACUUGGGACUCGGCAGUGGCUUCACUUAGCUCUGGCUGGUCUACAUUUGCAUUGAGUGCAACCAAAUUUGCUUCUGCAACCAAGGAAGGGGCGGUCAAGUUCGGCUCUGCUGCAUCACAAAAGACUCAAGAGUAUGCUGCAAAAGUAAAUGAAGCUGUGGUCAAACCCACCAAAGAAAAGAUGCAAGACGGACGACUACUGAAUGACAUCUCCACAGGGACAAAGAGCUUUGCUUCCAAGUUUGCAGCCAGCACCUCCAAAGGUUGGAAGGAUUUCACAAGUAUAUUCACCGAUAACCCGACAACAUUAGAUUCAGUUGAUGACACACCUACAGCAGAGUCACUACUCAUGCCCGGCAAAGAGGCAAGUGAGAAGAGAGAAAGGUUAAGACAAAUGGAUCCAGAUCAAAGUGACACUCCUUUACUUCACGAUGCACCCACACCUCCCAGGACACCAGAUGAGACUGAAGAUACCAACUGGGGGUGGGGCAACACUGACACUUGGGAGGACACACCCCAGAUCCAACCUAGUCAGCCAAAAGUGGAAGAAAGUGACAGUUGGGAUUCCUGGGCCAAUGAGCAGGAUGAUUUGCUGCUGGAUUUUGGUGACUCGGCAUUAACUUCUAAGAAAGCAAACAAUGGAACAAGAAAAAAUGGCUCCAAGAAGUCAUCGAGCUCCAAGAAGGUGACUUCCCUGGAAGAGACUUGGGAUGAUGCUGGAGGAUGGGAUGAAGCUGCGUGGGAAGCCAUCGAGAGUGACAUCAAGACAAGUAAGAAGAACUCCUCAUCCUCCAGAAGAAAUAACAGCAAAAAAGACUGAUGAGGUACAACAAAGGAACAUCAUUGACUGCAAGGUGCUUGAUGAGCCCUAGUGUAAUUAUCAUCCUACUAGACCAGUGGUUCUUCUCUCCAUACUGCCUUAUCAUAGAUGGUGACAAGUAAGACCCUUUGUUGUGGGAUGAAUCUUUGAAAAUUAAUCCCAAAAUUCUUAGUAUCCUGUUUUGUGCGUCCAAUCCAACCUUAAGCGUUCUCUUGAUGUGUAGUGCCCAGAUCAUUGGAUCUGACCGAAGAAUUGUCACUUGAUAAAGAGCAAAGUGGUGGUUUAUGUGUGGAUGUGUGACUUACCCUAAUAAUAGAUUAUUGAACAUGCCCAAGUAAACCACACUAUCCCAAAAAGCUUGGAAUUUUGUUUUUGCACAAAGUUGAUGUGAUGAUGGUAGGAAUAAUGUGAUGUAGUAUUAAAUUGACAAACCUUCACCCUAAACUCUGUGCUCUCCCCCUCCCCCAAAAAGAAGUGACAUAGAACAAAAAGUGAAAGUAAUUCGAGAGUUUUUUAUUUCUUGCAUGUGUGCUUACUACGAAAAAUGCCAACAGUGGAGUGGGUUUCAAAGAACCUUGAAAUAUGUUAAUGGAAAGUUUAAAAUUCAGAAUUUAUUUAGGGGGACGGGUGUUUGCAAACGCAGCUUUGAGAGACAUUUAAUGUGACAAAAUGAAUUGGAAGUCAUCAGAGACACUUUUGAAACAGAGGCUUAGAAAAGAAUGGAAAUCAAAAUUUUUAUUCACAUCAGCUCUUAUCUCCUCAGGACGCCAGACUGCAUGCUCCUAGUCCAUCAAAAGAAAGAACUUAGUUUGUUCUUUCUGAUCCACUUUAGAGCAAAAUGACAGGAAAAAUGGCCUCAAGACACCUUCUGUAGACUGUCACAAAUGUGCUUUCUCUUAUUCCCUCAUCGGCAAGGCAAGGAAAAAGGUUUCAUGUCAUUUGCAGACAGAUUACUGUCAGAGUGCAUCAUGCGUCAGUGCGACUUGAUGUUGUCAUGACAACCAAUGCUGUAUUCUUGAGUCAACCUGUCUGCAUCACAGGUCUUCUUUUUUGUCGAACGAAAUGAUGUUCCCUUUGUUAUAUGCUAGCUACAUGUACUGUAAUGUUACAUGUACCUUAAUGUUACAGUAAAAAGCCUGCCAUUAAUUUAUCGUCCUUCAAAAAAAUUUAAAAAACAAUUCUCUGAAAACAGGGAUUGUUGAAAUGAGUACACUUUCCCAUGUGCUUCAUUUAAAAAUAAAGAAAAGGUGGGGAAAAAAGUCAGGAUCUGUUCUCUCUAAAUUCAGCACUUGUCUUUCUAAUGCAGUCAUACAGUUACAAAAACAGAAGCUGCAAUUGAGUUCUGGGUAUUUCUUACCAAAGAAGGGCCAAAACAAUGUGUUUUUCCCCUCAAAAACCUGAAAUAAUCUUUCCCUUGAUAUCCUUCAGUAUCCAUUUUUAGUCGGUUGUCAUGGAAAUGUUUCAGACGAAGGUAUGUACAGGCCCUUGUGGAAGGCCUACUUUGGUGACGUACAUGUACUGUAUAUUAGUCAAAAUGUCAAAACAUGAACACCUGUUAUUGAUCAUGAAUAAUGAUCUUGGACCGGCAACAUGUACUCUAUUUAAGUCUUGGUUCAGGAAAUGCACUAGGAUUUCCAUUUCAAGCUGUUACUCUCUGAUAAAAUUAUGAAAAUCUAUUAUUUAAUGAGCCAACAGAACUUGAACAAACAGUUGAAAGGGUGCAGGACAGGACUUUCUUAGUUUCGUCUUGCUAAGUUAAAUUCAGCUGUGUACCAGCUAAGAGCUGUUCACGUUAUAUGGCUCUUAGGCUGGUAACCCUCUUCAGCUCAGUGGGGUUCUUGAGCUUAGUCAAUUUGUGUACAAAGGAUACCUUUGGUGUAAUUUCAUUGAGCAGUUCUGUGUGGAAAUAAGAGGAAUUUUUAAUUGUACCAAUAGCAGUAUAUUUUUUAAAAUGGAACUUUGAUUUGCCAUUCCCAGCUCAAGCUCUUGACAAAUGAAACUCUUUUUAACACCUUUGCACAAGUUUAAAGUAAUUUCCCUUUGUGUUGUCGUUACUGAGUAAUGAGUGCAUUUUGUGAGUUUACUGUCUUGUACUUUCUGUCUUUAUCUCAGCACUAAACAUCUGCUACAAAAGACAUUUCAAAGAUGUGAGGUUUUAAACAAUUGGUCCAAUUUAGGUUUUUAACAAGAUUUCAAAAAUAACAGAUUAUGGAAGGGCAAUAAGGCAUUAUGUCAUAUUUGGACGGACUUUCCUACUCUAGCGACCAGUUAUCUACUUGUCCAUUGUAAGGGCGGAACGUUUACACGUUUAACCAAAACAGUUCCAAAGCCAUUUACAGAUUUUCCCAAACAUUUAACAAAAACUGCCCUUGUUUAGAGGUUUUACGUUUUGAUUGAGAUAAUCUGGCAUUUUUUUUUUUUAAACGAUGCCUGUAAAAUGUAAAUGUUUUUCAAAUUGAAAAUAAAUCUCCACCCUCAUUUGGAAGCAUAUAAAAUGAUGCAUACAACCCCUGGAAUUGUUUGAAAUGAUGCAUACAACCCCUGGAAUUGUUUUAAAUGAUGCAUACAACCCCUGUAAUUGUUUUAAAGUACAUGUUGUUUUAUUAGCAUAUUUGAAUGCAAACCUACCGUUUGUGUUCUGUGUUUUAACUUUAUUAUUUUAGACUUGAUGGGCAGAAUGACACACCAGGAGUAUAAAUGUCCCUUUUCAUUGUUUUAAUACCACUGUGGAAAGUAGCAACUGAUUACCCUUAAUUCUUUUGAGAGUCAACCAGUCACUGGUUGUGGUCAAAGUUUCUUGUAGUGGGCACGUGCAAAUCUGCCCUUGGAGGUCAUCAAAUGUUGGAAACAUUCCAUGAGAAAAGAAAUCAGUCCAAAGUUAAGCAAAUGUAACUGUUAAGUGGGAGUUUGAUAAAUGGUGUUGUGUUGGGAGUUGAAGGACUGUUAGAUACGCUUGAUAAAGGUGCUUCAAAAGCUUUGAAAUCUAAGGGCUAUUACUGGCAAGACUCAGUUAGUGGCAGUAUGGGAAGCUAUCGUUAUUUACAGAAAGAAAAGGACCCACCCCCCCAAAAAAAACUCUGGAGAUAAAUAUCUGUUUUCAAGGACACUGUCAGAAAUUUAGCAAAUUUGCCCAAUUUUAUCAAGUUUAAGAAUGUUUGAAUGAUUUGUGGACUUGUAGAUUUGUAGAUUAUUUUCUGGAAAUCUUUUUUAGGGGAAGGAUGCUGGAUAAUUGAUAAAAAAGUGUUUGCUUUCUUUUGGCUGAAUUAGGAGGAAAAACUAGCUUCAGCUUCCUGGCCAGGCUUCUUUCAGAUGCAGGGCAGAGACACAGCUUAGGUUCACCCCUGCACAACCCCAAACAGCACAAAGUGAACUGUGAAGCUAGCCCCGUAACUAUCGCAUUCCUUCAAACUUUUUUGCCUCCUCUCUGCAUUGUAAUUUUGUCUUUAAUUGUAUUUAGUCUUUUGGUCAGGACAUUACAUGUAAGUGAGGCUCUUUGAACAUGAAUACUGCUGUAUUGUUUGCCAACAGCUACAAAGGUCAAUUGUUAAAAAUGGUCAAAUGGUCAAUUGUUAAUAAGAUACUGUAUUUAAAUCAAAGAUGAGAAUGAAAAAGUAACUAAAUUAUCUUAUAUCAACGAAGCCAUUCCUCACCUGCAGAAAGGUGUCAGUCUUCUUACUGGUUGAUAAAACCAGCAAUUUGUUGGUUUGCCGUCAAGGAUCAAGGUCAUUUUGAUAUUCACUUUGACGAGCCAUGGGCUGGUUAAAACCAAACAGCGAUGAAGAAAAGAAAGCACACAACUGUUUUAUUUUAAAACAGCGUAAUAAAGAAGAGUAUUGAAUUGUAACAAAGUU